CCAGUUGGCCGGCCCAGAUAUAAGCUGGUCAGUGGAGGCGAGAGACAGGGACUAGGCCGCCAAGGCAGCGACGGUCUAGCCGCCUGAGUCGCCGACGAGUGGGGUCAGACUGCAGGAUCCUCUCCCGUGGCCACGCCAGGGUGGAAGGUGAGAACCCCUUUGAAGAGCCAGGACCGCUGCCCGCCCUCGUUGUUGUUCUAGGAAAGCCGCAGCGGAGCCGCCCCUCCCGCCACCGGCAUGGCCCGGACCGUGACCCUGCUGUGCCUGUUGGGCUUGGCCGCCGUGGUGGCCGGUGACCGGGUGUACGUCCACCCCUUCCACUUCCUUACCAAUGACCCCGAGCGCUGCGCCAAGCCCAGUGACCCUGCCGCCGAGGCCCCCACGGGCGAGACCUUCGUCCCGGUCCCCAUCCAGGCCAAGACGUCCCCGAUGGAUGAAGUGGCCCUGUGGGAGCGAGUGACCGCCGAGGUCAGGAGCCUGGGUCCGGAGGGCCGGGAGCGGGCGACCAGUGUGGCGGCGCUGCUCAACUUCCUGGGCUUCCGGCUGCGUCGGGCGCUGCGGGCGCUGCGGGAUGGGCACGGUGAGGCCCACCAGGGCGAGCUCCUGGCCCCCGCGGCUAUCUUCGGCUCCCUGGCCUCCCUGCACCUGGGAGCCUCCGGGACCACUGCCAGCGACCUGCAGGCGCUGCUGGGGGUCCCUCAGGAGGACGGGGGCUGUACCACCCAGCUGGACGGGGAGAAGGUCCUCGCCGUCCUGCGGGCCGUCAUGGGGCUCUUCCUGGCUGGGGAGGCCGGUGGGGUCCGUGCGGGAGACCCCCACCUGCGGCUGUCCACCCUGGUUGGCCUCUUCACCUCGCCGGGGCUGCGUCUGUGCGAGGCCUUCUUCCAGAGCCUGCAGCCCGCCGCCGCCAUCACCUACGCCCGCUCCUUGGACUUGGCCACUGACCCGGGCCUGGCCGCAGAGAGGGUCGACCGCUUCGUCGGGGCCGUGAGUGGCUGGCCCAGGAGGCUCUCGCCGACCCCCAGCUGCCCCGAUGACACCCUCCUCUUCAAUACUUACAUCCGCUUCCAAGCGGCGAUCGGCGGCGCAUCCCGGCUGGCACAGCCCCAGGCCUUCCAGGUGAACCGCACCUCCCAUGAGCUGGUCCCCACGCUCUCGGUGACCGGCACCUUCCAGUACUGGCGCGACGACGCGAACAACUUCACCGUCGUGCGGGUGCCUCUGGGAGCCAAUGCACGCCUGUUGCUGGUGCAGCCAGACCCUGGCACGGCCCCGGAGCAGGUGGAGGCCCAACUGUGGACCAGUGAUUUCCCGCUGUGGCUCAACCGCCUGGAGCCUAGGGCCGUGCACCUGACGCUGCCCAGGCUGACGAUGGAGAGCGCCGUGAACCUGCAGGACCUGCUGGCCCUCUCCAAACUUCCCCAUCUGCUGGACCGCAAGGCCAACUUCAGUGCAAUCAGCGAGGACGACGUCCGCCUCGGCAAGGUCAUGAACAAGAUUCUCUUUGAGCUGACCGAGAGCGGAGCCGAGGCGCCAGAAGAGCCCACGCAGGCACCGGUGGGUUCUGAACCCCUGGAAGUGACUCUGAACCGACCUUUUCUGUUGGCCGUUUAUGAGCAGGUCACCAAGGCCCUGUUGUUUCUCGGCCGGGCCACGGACCCGCUGCGUGGUGUGUGAAACCCCCGGAUCCGUGCCGAAACCGAUACGCACACCCGCACACACACUGACACGUGCACUCACACGAGGAUAGAUACUGGGCCUGGGGGACUCGGUCGCUGGUUCAGCCAAGGCCACCAGAGAAGGGCGGACGCAGGGCUCGAGUCCACAUUAAAAAUUGCCGAGUGGCCGGUGGAAACAA